AUGGAAGGGGAGGAGACCAGGCGCAAUCUCUUCGAGCUGGAGGUCGCUCCCCUUUCCUUAGCGUAUCCAUCCAUCCCAUCUCUCGGCCUUCCGUUUGUGAAUGAGAUACAUAUUUGUUCGUGCUCCGUUGAGCUGCUCGCUUACUGGUCUCGAAUACCUCAUCGGUUCCAGGGACAAGCAGAAGUGUACUGCGUUGGGGAGAAGCUAGUCCCAAGUCAGGUGUUCGAUUCGCUCGAUAACCAGUGGGUCAGAGGUGAUCAUCACUUAAUGCAUGCUCUGGCUUGUCUUGUGUUAACAUCACGGCACCUGAUGAGUAAUCUGAGGCAUGGUAAAUGGCAUCGCGUUAUUCUCCAAUGUAUCGUUGUUAGCAACGGUGCCAAACAGCAGCCGUUCUGGAAAUGUUAG